AGAGGAAGAAAAAAAGAAAUAAUGGAAAAGAGCAAAGUGCUUGUGGUUGGGGGAACUGGGUAUUUGGGAAGAAGGAUUGUGAAGGCGAGCUUAGAAGAAGGCCAUGAAACGUAUGUCGUUCAACGUCCUGAGAUCGGACUUGACAUUGAAAAGCUUCAAAUGCUACUGUCGUUUAAGAAGCAAGGAGCUAUUCUUGUUAAAGCCUCUUUUUCUGAUCAUAAAAGCUUAGUUGAAGCUGUGAAGAAGGUUGAUAUCGUCAUCUGUGCAAUUUCUGGUGUUCACUUUCGAACCCAUAACCUUCUCAUGCAGCUCAAACUCGUUGAUGCCAUCAAAGAAGCAGGAAACGUUAAGCGUUUCUUACCUUCAGAAUUUGGUAUGGAUCCUGCACAAAUGGGACAUGCACUUGAACCUGGAAGAGAGACAUUUGAUCAGAAAAUGGUAGUAAGAAGAGCAAUAGAAGAGGCUAAUAUUCCCUUCACUUAUGUCUCCGCUAAUUGCUUCGGAGGCUACUUUGUCGGCAAUCUCUCUCAACUUAAAACACUCACUCCUCCAACCGAUAAGGUUCAUCUCUAUGGAGACGGCAAUAUUAAGGUUAUUUUUAUGAAUGAAGAUGAUGUUGCAACAUACACGAUCAAGACAAUCAAUGAUUCUCGAACUCUAAAUAAAACCUUAUACUUAAGGCCUCCAGAAAACAUUCUCUCGCAAAAACAACUGGUUGAAAUAUGGGAGAAACUCAGCGGCAAUAAACUACAACAAAUAAGCAUUUCUGCGGAACAAUUCUUAGCCUCCAUGAAUGAAAUGGAUUAUGCACAAAAGGCAGGAAUGGGACAUUUCUAUCACAUUUUCUAUGAAGGGUGUUUGACAAACUUUGAAAUAGGAAAAGAUGGGGAAGAAGCUUCAGAUCUUUAUCCAGAAGUGAAGUAUACGCGCAUGGAUGAAUAUUUAAAAAUCUAUCUUUGAGAUAAAAGUUUUCACCAAAUUAGCACUCCUCAUCUUGAUUUUCAAUUGCUGUACCCUGCUGAUCUUUGAGAACAAUAAUGAUGUAAUAAGGUGCCUUUUAAGAAAAUUCAAUGCUUUAUUUAGCUGC